AUGUCUCGGCGCGCUUUGUCAUCGGCUUUGAGCCAGAUGAAUUCCAUACGCCAUCUUGCAGCUCGGCUGCCCUCGAGUGUCUCGCUUCCACGGUCAUCUGUUGGCGCCCUUGUCUUGACACGACACAUUGCGUCAACCUCGGCGGUUGCUGAACAACCAGAGCCUCAGCCAAACCAUACGAUUCCGUCUCCGAGCGUCCUUUCGCGCCGGGAUCGCAUCCGUGAUGCUAAGCCCUUCUCAGACUUUCUUACGGAUACCUUUCACCGGCAACAUGACUAUCUGCGCAUCUCCGUCACUGAAAGGUGUAACCUGAGAUGUCUGUACUGCAUGCCAGAAGAAGGUGUUCCACUGUCUCCUGAUAGGAAUCUCCUGACCAGCCCCGAGAUUAUUAUGCUGUCUUCCAUCUUUGUAUCACAAGGCGUGUCCAAAAUCCGGCUCACAGGAGGGGAGCCCACGGUAAGGCGAGACAUCUUGCCUCUCAUGCACCAACUCGGUGCGCUACGCCCAUACGGGCUUCGGGAACUAUGUAUAACUACCAAUGGUAUUUCAUUAUACCGGAAGCUGGAUAGCAUGAUUGAGUCUGGACUUACUGGAGUCAAUCUAAGUCUUGAUACCUUGGAUCCAUGGCAAUUCCAAAUCAUGACAAGGAGAAAGGGGUUUGAUGCUGUCCAGAAAAGCAUCGACCGCGUCCUAGAGAUGAAUUCGUUAGGCGCCGGGGUCAAAUUAAAGAUCAACUGCGUUGUGAUGCGUGGUCUCAACGACCGGGAAAUCCUUCCCUUUGUCGAAUUGACCAGAGAGAAAGACCUUGAGGUACGCUUCAUCGAGUACAUGCCUUUCGACGGCAACAAGUGGAACAAGGGCAAAAUGUUCUCGUACGAUGAGAUGCUAGAUGUAAUCCGGGGCAAGUAUCCCGAUUUGCACAAGAUUCGCGAUGAAAAGAAUGAUACAAGCAAGACUUGGAAAAUACCUGGGUUUGCAGGCCGCCUUGGCUUCAUCACAAGCAUGACGCAUAACUUUUGCGGCACCUGCAAUCGGCUCCGGAUUACGAGUGAUGGCAAUCUCAAGGUCUGCCUUUUUGGAAACGCCGAGGUAUCAUUGCGGGAUAUCCUGAGGAAAUCCAACAGCGGAGAUCCCAUAGAUGAAGAGGCGUUUGAGGCCAUGAAGCAGAUUGAGAUGAACCGCCGGCAAGGUCUCGCCGGCACCGAACUUCCAUUGGGGGUGGCACCAAACGAAGCUGAGCUGCUCGACGUCAUCAGAAUAGCUGUCAAGGGGAAGAAAGCAAAGCAUGCCGGUCUUGGAGAGCUAGAGCACAUGCCGAACCGGCCGAUGAUAUUGAUAGAUCCUGUUGUGCCGACACUCACGACUAUGCCACCUAGAGCACGGCAGCUUAUCGACCGUGUUAUGCCAUGGUCUGGUGUAUCAACAACAGCUACCCCCGGGUAUCUUGGGCAACAGCAACAACUACGGCGACUCUCUAGCUCACGGAGCCUGAGAAAGGACAAGGAUGACAAGAACCAAAGCUCAGCACGCCUUACGCAUGUAUCCGACUCAGGAUCAGCACACAUGGUCAAUAUUUCAGAAAAGCAAGUGACGUCGCGCGUAGCUACGGCCGCGUGCGCAGUGCACUUCUCAGACGACACGGCAAUCAAGCUUAUACGGGAGAACCAGAUGAAGAAGGGCGACGUGCUCGGCGUGGCUCGCGUUGCCGGCAUCAUGGCGGCGAAACGCACCCCGGAUCUCAUCCCCCUGUGUCACCCCAUUGCCAUUACGCGCGUGAAUGUCGAUCUGGACGUCGUGGGGAGUCGCCAGAUCGAGAUCCGGGCAACGGUCUCGUGUGAUGGGAAGACGGGGGUUGAGAUGGAGGCGCUCACCGCGGCGUCAUCGGCGGCCCUGACGGUCUACGAUAUGUGCAAGGCUGUGGAUAAGGGGAUGAAGAUCGAGGGGCUCCGGGUCGUUCUAAAGGACGGGGGGAAGAGUGGCAGAUGGGAGAUGCCUUGA